AUGACUUGGUGCGACGCUCGCAUGGAUUGCAUGGCUCGCGGUGCAGAUUUGUUGUCUGUAACAAGUGAUGUGCAUUUUGGGGAAGUGCGGAACUACCUCAAGUCGCUAGGCUUGCAGCAGGAUUUUUACGUGGCUCUGAAGAAAGUGGACAAUAGCUGGAUGUGGCUUUUGGAUGGUCGUAGUCCAGGAGCCGACCAUAGCGGAGAUUGGUAUUUUAAUUCUCCAAGUGGGGAAAACGGAUUUGACUGCGCAAUGUUGGCACAAUCUUACGGCUAUUUGGCGGUGGAUAUGCCUUGUGACAAGAUUAUUCGUCCUCUCUGUCAGCUACAUGCGCCCCCAGGUGUGUUAUACGUGUGUGGCGGUGAUAUUCGUUUUUAG